UCAAUUCAUAGGAGUUUGUUCUGGGUAAUUACGUGAUUCAUGGACCGUAUUGAAAACGGUAAAACCGAAAGUGUCUUUUCAUUCAGAAGAAAUUCUUGCUCAUCUCUUACAUGUAUGAAUAACGGCAAAUCUUUAACAUUGUUUUCAUCUCAGAAGUCUCUACCUUGAUUCUUACUUCCGCGUUGUGCAUUUAUAAAGCUUCGUCCGUUUAUGUGAUAGAUUCAUGUGCACAUUACACACGUGUUUACAAGUUAGGUCGUCCAGAAAGGAGUGCAGAAAUCGAGUAAGUUGGUCGUCUUGCUUGUGAAAUAAAAACAACAGUCUCUAGUCCAGGUCUACCUCAGACAUGAAGAGGAAAGCUAACGCUAUGGAUGCAACUCUCUGCUCGAAUUCAGCCGAAAGGCGAAGUGAUACUGAUUCAACAUGGAUUUCAGAGGAACAAUUGUUCUCUGUUCCCCUGGAGAUCCUAGGUGAGAUCUUCCUAAAUCUCCCUCCCCAUCAGGUGGUUUGCAUCUGUCGCUUAGUGUGCCAUCAAUGGAAAGAAGUGGCCGACAGUGAAUCACUGUGGAAACAGAGAUGUAGACGAGAAGGAUAUCACCUCUGUGAUCCCUCCGAAAUCCCCAAAGACUGGAGGUUGUUUUACUUUUUGUGCAAGAAGAGAAGAAAUCUUCUCAAGAAUCCAAGAGGAGAGUGUAAGAAUCUACCAAGCCACUUUAAUCAUCAGAAAAUGAGGUACUGGCAUAAAACUCACAAUGGUGGUGAUCAGUGGGUAGUAGAGAAAGUAAUGGAGCCGCAUCCUAAUGAGGUCGUCAAGAAAAACUUUGUGACCUCUUAUGGGUACGCUCCACGAUUUGACUGUGGCAGUGAAUAUGGGAUUCGUGUAGAAUUGCUAAACAAUGAAAAGAAACCCAUCCAGACUUUUGCUCCUAAGAAAAUCUACUUUAAGCAGUGGGAUGAUCAGCAAUGGCACCAGAUGACGCAUGUUUUCAAGAACUAUGGACCUGGAGUGAGAUUCAUCCGUUUUUCUCAUGGAGGAAAGUCCACGCUGUACUGGGCAGGGUGGUAUGGGAUUCGUGUGACUGACAGCAGUGUUGAGAUUUGUCCAGCAGGGGACACGUAGCACUGUUAGAUUCCUUGAAUACCUGCGUCCCAUCUUCAAUAGUCCCUAUCUGCAGGCUCACAGGCAGCAGUUUCAGGACCGCAGGUUCAGGACCAUAGAACUAGGACCCGUGUUUUGCCACAACAAUGCCACCCAGCGAAGUGGAGGAGCAUUGCAAUUAAACAAGUGACAACAGGUUCAGAUGGACCGCAGAUUCAAGAAAGUAGAACCAGGACCCGGGUUUCUCGCUGCAGCGCCAUCCAGCAAAAUCAAAGAACAUUGCAAUUGAUUUGCUUGAGGUAACACGACUUUGAUAGGCGGGAAUUUGAAGUUUACUUGAAGUCCUUUUUUGUGAUUAGUAUUUUUUUUUUCCCCUUUUAUUGAACUGUUUUAUUCAUUGAUUGAUAUAUUUAUUUCGAUCGUGUAAAUGACAACUUAAAAACAGUUAAAAUAUAAAAAAUAAGUGAACAUCAAGAAAUGAAAACAAAACAAAACAGUAACUUGCUCAGCAAAUUCUGAAGCAUCUCAGUUUACAUGAGACACAGGAGUAGGAAGAAGUAUAAACUUAUCUAAUCCUACCCCUUUAAAUUUUACUACACAUCUUAACUGAAAUCAUAAUACUGUCUCAAAUUUACCAAUAAUUUUGAAACCUGUAAUGUGAAUAAACAAUAUAUUACUCAUACAGAAAAAAUACAUUUUUAAAUUCAACGUACCUCCUUUACAAAUAUAUGUACCAUAUCCUGCAACAUUUUAAUCCAAAUAGCAAGCAAGCACGUUGUGGUAAUUAUUUAUCAACAUACCUCUGGAGAAUCAUUUCUUUAUGUCUCUUUUAAACAGAAUUAUGCUCAAAUGUUUUUAAUUUUAGUACUUAGUCUGUUCCACAGUUUUACUCCACAAAUGGUGAUACAGAAACUUUUCUUUGUUGUGCAAACACUGGGAACCUUUAGAUUUGAUUUCUCUCUUAAAUUAUAACCUCCCUCUCUUUCAUUAAACAUUUUCUGAAUACCAUUUUUGUUAGCAGAUAAUUCCUUGCUUUAUAUAAUACUUGAGCUGUUUUUAUACUCCACCAAGUCAAAAAAUUUUAGAGUUUUGGAUUUAAAAAAAUAACUCACUGGUGUGUGCCCCAUAGUCAACAUUAUGAAUAAUUCCUGUUGCUCCUUUUUGCAGUGUGAAAAGUGACUGAAGUGUUUCUCCAUGCCUCUUUACAGUAAAUUAAAUAAGGAAGAAUCAGUGAAUUAUACAGAAUGUAGAGUGAUUAUUGAUCUAGGUCAUGCUUUGCUUUAGCCAGGACUGAAAUGCUGCGAGACAGUUUGGAUUUGACAUAUUUAAUGUGAGGUUUCCAGAUAAUUUUGUCAUCUAUUAUCACUCCCAGGAAUUUCUUUCCAUUUACUCUUUCAAUGUUUACACCAUCUAUUUGUACCUGUAUUUGAUUGUGUGUUUUACAGUUUCCAAAUAACAUGAUUUUUGUUUUGUUCAGAUUUACUGAUAAUUUAUUUUUGUCAAAACAUAUUUUUAUUUUACUUAAUUCUGAAUGUUAACAUCGAAAAGUUGCUGCAAAU